GGACUUAGGAGAAAGAGAUAGAGUGUUUUUUAUCGUUGCCUGUCUGGACUUCUGGAUCUCACUCUCUCUCUCUCUCUGCCACUGCCAGACCAAAAAAGUCAUUGCUUUAGCUGACUCUCUCUCUCUCUGCUCCUUUAUUCUUCUUUACUCUUCUUUCCUUUCUUUCCCUUUUCUCCCUUUUAUGCAAUAAUAAUAUUAUUAAUCUCUUUCUCUCCGACAAAAAUUCGUCUAAAUGUUUGCUUCUGAGAAAUUUUCUUGUUUUCCUUGAAACGUCUGCUUUAGAAUCCUUACGUGUGUAUCGAAGCAAGCUCUCAAAUCCCACGAGUUUGAGUUCGCUAUGUUUUAGCCCAUGGGACCAAAUCCAUGAGCUUCAGCUAAAUUGGAUCUGAGGCUCCCACUAGGGUACCCUGACUCUUGCGCAAAUGCCGUUAGCGUUGGGCCUCUUUCAAGCUCUAAUGCCCGCUUCUGAGCAACGCCAUUGGAUGAAGAGCUAGCUGAGACCUGCUGCUCCCUCAUGUCUUCAGGAAGUCAUCAAGUUCUGCAGAGGUUACAUUCUCAUUUCUACAGUCAGUUUCAGCAACCCUGUGCCAAACAACUCCCCAUGAGGUUCUCCUCCACAGCGGCAUUUACUUUCCUCUUCAUCAUUAUCAAUCUUCUACCCCUGGCUAUUUCUGACCUGAACUCAGAUAAGCAAGCACUUCUUGACUUUGCUGCUGCUGUUCCCCAUCGGCGCAACCUCAGCUGGAGCCCUACUGCUGCAGUCUGCAAAUCUUGGGUAGGCAUUACUUGCUCACUGGAUGGCACCCGUGUAAUUGCCCUCCGGCUCCCUGGGGUAGGGCUUGUGGGACACAUCCCACCAGGCACCCUUGGUAAGCUUGAUGCCCUCAGGAUUCUCAGCCUUCGAUCUAACCUUCUCUAUGGUAAUCUUUCUUCUGACAUUACCUCCCUUCCUUCGCUCCACUACCUCUACCUCCAACACAAUAAUUUCUCUGGUGAGAUUCCUACCUCCUUUUCCCUUCAACUCAAUGUACUAGAUCUGUCAUUUAAUUCCUUUUCUGGAAAGAUUCCUCAAACAAUACAAAAUUUGACGCAGCUUACUGGUUUGAACCUCCAAAACAACACCCUUUCUGGAUCCAUACCUGAAAUUGAUCUCCCUGGACUCAAGCAUUUGAAUUUAAGUUACAAUCAUCUUAAUGGCUCUGUUCCAUCAUCCCUUAAAACAUUUUCUAAUUCAUCCUUUGUCGGAAACCCUCUCUUAUGUGGACCCCCUCUAAAAGCUUGCUCCUUCAUCCUCCCACCACCAUCUCCGUCGCCUGCUUUGUCUCCACCCCAACCAUUGGUUCCUUCAAAUCAAAGCUCCAAAAAGAAACUGUCUAUGGGAGCUAUAAUUGCCAUUGCAGUCGGAGGGUUUGUGCUGCUGUGUCUGUCAGCUCUAAUUAUUGUUCUCUGCUGCUGUCUAAAGAAGAAACGUAGUGAAGGCACUGGUGUAUCAAAAGGAAAGGGUUUAAGUGGUGGGAGGAGUGAGAAGCCCAAAGAGGAGUUUGGGAGUGGGGUGCAGGAGCCGGAGAAAAACAAGCUUGUUUUUUUUGAAGGUUGCUCUUAUAAUUUUGAUCUUGAGGAUCUAUUGAGGGCUUCAGCUGAAGUGCUGGGAAAAGGUAGUUAUGGCACAGCAUAUAAGGCUGUUUUGGAAGAGGCAACGACAGUGGUGGUGAAAAGGUUGAAGGAAGUAGUGGUUGGGAAGAGGGACUUUGAACAGCAGAUGGAAAUUGUGGGUAGGGUUGGGCAGCACCCAAAUGUUCUGCCACUCCGAGCUUAUUAUUAUUCAAAAGAUGAGAAGCUCCUUGUCUAUGACUAUGUCCCUAGUGGCAGCUUAUCUACACUAUUGCAUGGAAACCGGGGAGGUGGAAGAACUCCAUUUGACUGGGACGCCAGAAUAAAGAUCUCGCUUGGAACUGCAAGGGGAAUCGCCCACAUCCAUUCUAUGGGUGGUCCUAAAUUCACUCAUGGAAAUAUCAAGUCCUCAAACGUCCUCGUCAACCAAGAUCAUGAAGGAAGCAUUUCUGAUUUUGGCCUAACCCCUCUUAUGAAUGUCCCUGCCACGCCUUCUCGGGGUGCAGGCUAUCGUGCUCCAGAAGUGAUCGAAACCCGUAAACACACUCAUAAAUCAGAUGUAUACAGCUUUGGUGUCCUCCUCCUUGAGAUGCUGACUGGAAAAGCUCCACUCCAGUCACCUGGCCGUGACGAUUUGGUUGAUCUUCCUAGGUGGGUCCAGUCUGUUGUUAGGGAGGAAUGGACGGCGGAGGUUUUUGACGUUGAGUUGAUGAGGUACCAAAACAUUGAAGAAGAAAUGGUGCAGAUGUUGCAAAUUGCUAUGGCCUGUGUGGCAAAGGUGCCAGACUUGCGACCCAACAUGGAUGAAGUUGUUAGGAUGAUUGAAGAAAUCCGGCAAUCCGACUCAGAGAACCGGCCAUCUUCUGAAGAGAACAAAUCCAAGGACUCAAAUGUGCAGACUCCAUGAUUGCCUUUCAAGUUUCAAGCCACGCUCAUGAAGAACUCAUCUGGCGCAGAAAUCAACAUCGAACUUCUAAUUUGGAUACAUAUAUGCCUUGUGAGAGGUUUUCCCCAAGUGUUGUUAAAACCUCCUUACGUUGCAUGUAUGACUUGGUAGAGUGUGAAUGUUUCCAUUUAUGCGAUUUUUCUUAGGGAUGUAUUAAUCCUUGUCCAUUUGUCCAUUUGUCCUCAUGUUGAUGGGUUUUUUCAAUUCAUGAUUUGUUGUAAUUUUGUUUUUCAACAUUAUGAAUUAAUUGAUUAAUGACCUUCAAUCAAGAACUUACUUCCUGUAA